GGCGCCACUCAGAGAUUCUAUCGCGACCCUGCGUGAAGUUUGAAGACGUUGGUUUGGCGGUAUUGGUUGUUGUUGCAAUAAUGUCUACAGUUCUGAAUCUGAGAGAGUUUAUCAAGGAGAGAUUAACUUCUGCUGCAGAAGAAAUCUUCUCAGAGUUUGAAAAAACGAUCGUCCGCUAUGAGGAGGAGAUCAGUCAGCUAAGACUGCUUAAUAUCAGACCCGGGAUAAAGUCACACAAUACAGGUCUGGAUGAUCAGCAGGUCUGUGUCCAGGAGAGGAGCUCCAGUCUCAACCAGGAGGACCCAGAGCCUCCACAGACUAAAGAGGAACAGGAGGAAAUCUACAGCAGUGAGGAAAGAGAGCAGCUUGAACUGAAGCAGGAGGAUGAAAGCAUUCAUGUCUGGACCGGAGAACAGCUGGAUUUGUUGUGGAAACCUGGAGUAAAGCAGACCAGAAUUGGUCUGGAUGAUCAGCAGGUCUUUGACCAGGAGAGGAGCUCCAGUCUCAACCAGGAGGACCCAGAGCCUCCACAGACUACAGAGGAUCAGGAGGAAAUGUGCAGCAAUCAGGAAGAAGAGCAGCUUGCACUGACACGGGAAACCAAGGGCAUCAUCAUCUGGACUGGGCAGGAGCUGGGCAUCAUGUGGAACCCUGAAGUAGAGUUGCACAGAAUAGGCUUUUGUUAUGCAGCUGCAGAGUCUGAAGGUGUGCCCCGUGCAGAAGUGAUCGAUGAAGAUCUGACAGAAGACCAACAACAAAAUCACAAUGUCAUGGAGGCAGUGGACAGCAGUUGUGUUGGACAAGUGGAGGUUGAGGUACCAGCUGCAAAUGUGGACAGUGGCGAUCGGACAGACAGCAUCACGGAAGCUGACGAAGUAUUGUGUGUGCAAUGAACAGGGCAGAGCAGAAAUAAACACAACAAUGCUUGAUAAGAUUGUUAAGGUUUGCUGUGUUUUGGUGAAUAUGUGCCCCAGUGUGGUUGUCAAACCAGGGCCAAAUGAAACUUGCUCUUGUUGAGCAUUCAUAAAGCUGUUGUGUUGCAUGUGUAGUUCAUUGUAAAUAAUUGUACUUUGCGUGAAGUAGUUUCAAUAA